AGCGAGAAGCUCGGUCAGAAGCUCAGUUCGCGCGAAUCCGUCGACACGAUCGGUUCACUUCGGAGCUUUCAGUUAUUCUCCUACUACUAUUUAGUAACUACGGUGCGAAAGCUGCGCUUGAAAGCUCUGCCCCCGGCGGUUUAAACAGUCGUACAAAGGUGGCGCUUUGCUACGGAUCGUUUUGCUAACCGUGGAAUGUAAGAUAGCUGAUGCGAACCCAUUCACCAUGAGCUUUUUCAGCUCAAUUCAAGAAUAUGUCAGUAAUAGUGUGGCCGGUUUGUCUUUGAGUCCAAAAAGAUUUUCGUUGAGUAGAACUGACACGGCUGAAAAUGUUCCCCCAGCGACACCCUCUUCAGUUGGUGGCAGCUUACGGAGCGGAUCCGGAGACAGUAACACACCAGGAUUUCCAAAAGUGUUACCCGCACCCGGAGCUAGCGCUAUGGUCCAAAACCGUAGACGAACUUUGGAGUGCCUCGUUCCAGCCCCACCCAUAAGAAGACCAGGAUCGUUCAGGCAACGAACACCGAAGACGACCCCUGAAAGACCAUCGCACUCCUUUUGCAGUCGUCGACUCUCUUGGCCGGAUAUCGAUCAUCAGGUGCAAUCAGGAGUACAAGAUAUCGAUGGUUCUUAUUUUGAGAGCUUUCCUGCGCUCGCGUGGAAGCAAGAAAAUCAAAGGCAAAGUGUACUGAAAGCCGCUGAAGAUGCAAUUGUAGCCGUUCCCCCGCAUGAAAGUCAAGUGGGAAUUACACCUAUUGAUUACAGCAUGCCGCAAAAUGAAAAGGAUAAAUUAUAUGUUGAAAUGCUUUAUACGAUUGCAAAUGCGGUUGGUGCACCAGCUCCAGGUGGUCAAUUUGCUCACUACAAAGAAGACCUUUACUUGUACGGACAAAGAGCUUUCGGAGUGCCACCGGAUAGACAUUACAGAAUGCUUCACAUGGCGGGCGAAGAAAAACCACCCAUUGUAGUAUUAAGUGUCGUCGUGCUCGAAGCUGAAGGACUAGAGGCAAAAGACGCAAAUGGUUUCAGUGACCCGUAUUGCAUGUUAGGGAUUCAGCCUGUUGCCCCACCAUCAUCCCCGCAACCGCCCACUCCGAAUCGUACGCUUUCAGAGGCGGCGGCGUGUGGCCCUGGGGACAUUCAAGGCAAUCACGAGAAAUUACGGAAGCACCACAGCUUUAAGUUGAGCUUUAAGAGGAAGGACGGUCGUGUCCGGGAACACCGGGACAGUAUCGGCGGCGCUUUACCCGCCAAGUUCAUCAGAGCAACGUCCGUGAAACCCCACACCCUCAACCCCCGUUGGAAUGAGAAAUUUAGAUUUGACAUCGAUGAUAUUAACAGCGACUCCCUCCAUUUAGACAUCUGGGACCACGACGAUGAAAGCUCAGUUCUAGAAGCAGUGAGUAAACUGAACGAAGUUAGAGGAGUGAGGGGUUUGGGACGAUUUUUCAAACAAGUUUGUCAAAGUGCUAGACAAUCGUCGGCACAAGAUGAUUUCUUAGGAUGUGUAACAAUUCCUCUUCAAGAUAUCCCAUCGACGGGGCUCGAAUCUUGGUUUAAAUUGGAAGCUAGGUCGCAGAGAAGUUCCGUUCAAGGAAGGAUACGCUUGAAAAUGUGGCUAUCAACUCGCGAAGAUCGCGGAAUCUCCGAAGAGGAUAAUUGGACGGAAUUGAUGCAACACGAAAGUUUAUAUGCGACGUUUAUUGAUUAUGAAUUGCGAAAUUGGAGUAAAGAGACGUGGACUUGGAAUGGAGAUUUACCUGGUCCCGCUUUAACUAUUCUGCAUCAACAUGCCGUUCAAGGUGAUUUAACAGAUCUCCAAGCCGCGAUAGCUCAUUUUGUAGCUGCUUCCAGAGUAUACCUUAAGAAUCCUUUAGACCCGCAUUGGAUGUUGCAGUUGCUCACAGAUAUCGAACACGCUUGGUCAUCAGCAACAUUAACUAGAGAAGAAGAAAUGUGGCUUGCUGAAAGUUUUACAGCUAUGCUAGAACGAUGGUUACACCAACUUCGUCACCAUAGACAGCUUUUCCCGGCUCUUCAUACACCUUGUCUAACGCGAUUGGAGUACGUUUUAAGGUGCUUGGCGUACUUAUCAAAUAUGAAAGCGUUCUGGAAAUGCUGCCCAUUCAACAAAGAAAUCCGCGGGGAAAUAGUAAUGACCCUCAGGAAGGGCACGCCAGAAUGGGUGACCUAUCUGAAAAAUUCCAUCCUGAAUUUCAAUCACGACUACGACAACUUUUUCGUACAAUUUUGUUCCGAAAUAUACGUCCACUUGCAGCAAGCUCUUUCUCACUACCAUCCGAUAUUCGAGGGCACGAACGGUAUCCCGUAUUUCAGCGUAGUGUUCAAACAACUUGACAAACUAGUCGCCGACGAAAUCAUAGCGUUUCUUAACACUCAAGAACACCCCGACAGCAGACUUAUAUUUUCAGUUUAUCUCGAAGUGAAGGACCUUGCCACUUUCAAUCAAAACUUACCAAGCGGUGGAGAUCACAAGUUGUUACUUCCGAAAUGUCAUGAAUGGUUUGAACCUCACGUUAGCUGUUGGUUAUCUAUAUGUAAAGGGAAAUGUUUGCAAAGGGUUCGAACUGCUGUAGAGCUUCAGAAACCGUGCGAUGGGGAUCGAUUGGUGAAACAUAGUAGUUCGGCGGUGGACAUCGUGGCGAUGUUCUGUCAAUUACGAGAUUUCUGGAGACUGCUUCAGUGGCCGAAAGUGCACUCGGUACCACUCUUGUCUCAACUACUCGACUGCAUUUGCUCGGCUGCACUACUCUACGCAGACAUAACUUAUCAAGCUUUAAUGGAAACGGGAUACUUCGACAGGCUAGGACCUUUCAAGAUAAGCGACGACAUGUGUAUGGCCGCCAAUAAUCUCGAGUACAUUUACAAGUUCAUAUCGCUAUUAGAAAAUUACUUCGAUUUUGUUACGUUGGAAUCGAUAGCAUCGGAAUCGCAAUGUGCUACUUUAACAAGUCAAUUAGAUAGCACGCUGAGCCAACUCCAAGCGCGCGUAAUGGAUAUCCUGCAGAGAGUUGGUCCUCAAAUGCAAGAUACCCUUAGGAAAACGAUGUUUCACGUCGCAUGGUCUCCAGAUACGCUCCCAACUAACCAAGCCGUCGAUCCUCUUUUCGAUUAUCUUCAUAGCAACCUACAAACUCUCAAUGUCGCACUUUUACCGCAAAACUUCCAGCGGAUUCUCUACGAGGUCUGGGAGUACACUUUAGCGGAAUUAAAUUACCAGAUGGACGGGGGAACUAAUAGCGAAGAGCUUCCCGCAAUGUUCCACGAGCGGCUGCACUCCGCUCUGGAAUUAAUGGUCGAAUUUUUCCACGCUGAUGGACAAGGUUUAGUCAUGGAAAUGUUACAAUCCGAGAUGUACUGGCACAUUGAACAAAGACUACAAUAUCAUCGAACGGACACAGAAUCAUUAAUUGAAAUCUUUUAUAAUCAAAGAUUACAAGAACAACUUAACACAACUCUUAGCCCUUACGGAAGUUUAGCUGUUAGAGCAUAUUUUAAUCAUGAUUCAUUAUGCGUUGAGGUUUUACACGCACGCGAAAUAAUUCCAUUAGACCCAAAUGGAUUUAGCGAUCCUUUCGUAAUCAUCGAAUUGUUACCACACAGAGUAUUUCCGCAUUGCACAGAACAACAAACGAACGUUCACAAAAGAACACUCCAUCCGAUAUUCGAUGAAUGUUUCGAAUUUAGCGUGUCGUUGGAACAAUGUAGAGCCCCGGGUGCGAUGAUCGCAUUUACAGUCAUGGAUCAUGACGUGUUAACUGCCAAUGAUUUCGCCGGCGAAGCUUUUUUGGGAUUGGGAAGUAUUCCCGGCGUUGCCGAUACAGGAUUAGGCGUCGAUAAUUUUCACGGAUUAAAACCCGUUGAACUCGUGCUCAUGCAACAACAUCAAAAAAAUCAACCAAUACUCCAAAUAUUAGAAUCAAGAACAAUCGAUCGUUUAGCUUUAGAUUUCGUACGAAAACAGCGACAAAGAUUUGCUACGAAAUAAACCAAAAUAAGUGUUAAAUGAAAAGAGUUGUAAUGUUGUAAUUGUAGUGUUUUAUAAACAAAAAAAACUCUUCCUAUAUUAAACGAUUAAAAAAGAAUGUUGACGUGGGGAACACGUCGAUAUUAACAAAUCCACUAUUUUUUCUACGUGGGGAAACCAUGGCAAGUUGUACGACAUGUUUUUGAAACUGACCAAAAAAAAAUUAAAUAACUCAAUCCGUAUACAUUUUCAUUGUUCAUUUUUUCAAAAUGUACAUACAUACAUGCGUUUAGAUUAAUAAAUAAAUAAAUGAAUCAUUGAAAUAAUCGCAAAAAACGAAACAUAAAGGAAUUUAUCUUCAUCGUUUUAGGGAACUCGUCGUUCAUCUUGUCGACGUGUAAUGUGAAGCUUAGAAAAACUUUUCUAUUGUACGUACUAUGUACUUUUCUAUGAACACAUUCAAUGUCUUGUAGAUUUGUUAUAAAUAUUAAAUAAAAAUAUAAUGGCGUUAUUUGUAAUGAUAUGUAUUUUGGUCAAAAUUGCCAGACUUUAUAAACAAAGCUAUAUUUUUAAAGAUUUCAAAUAUAUUUUUAACUUCGUUCAGCUACUAAAUACUAAAUAUAUGAUAUAAAUAUAAAUUUCGAAUCUUUGUUAAAACAACAUCGAAAUAAACGGCAAUUCAAUCGAGAUUUUUAGUUCCUUUACUUACAAUUAGACAAUCUUUAAUAUUAUGCCUAACUAACGAAAUCUUUAAUCUAAUCUAUUCGAUAUGAAACAUUUUAUUGACAAUCGAAUUCGAUGCAAUCAAUUAUAAAAAUUUGUUUAAUACGAUAAGCGUAUGUAAACGAACUGGCAUUUUGACUUAUAGAGAUAUAAAAAAGAUAAAUAUUAUUAUUAUAAAAAUAAAUGUUCUAGAGACUCAAUGUAUCCCGCCCUAACGUAUUUUUUUCUUUUAUUAAAGCGUUAAUUCGCUUUAUUUCUAAUCUAAUAAGCUAAAUAUAACUUAAAUAAAAAAUGUAAUUAAUAAUUACUAAAACUGCUUGCAAACGAAUCGGUAUUUACAAUGUUUUACAGAGAAAAACGAUAAUAUUUUAAAUAAAAAAUGAAUCUAAGUUGCCCAAUUUUUGGAACUAAACAUAUCCACCACAUAAAAGGUGUGUAACAAUCAUAAAACUUCUAUAUAAUAAACUCUACUAGGUACCAAAAAAAAAAUUAAAAAAAAAGAAAAACGAAACAAGUUGAUUUAAAGCUUGUAUGAAAUAUAAACUAUUCCGUAUAACUGUUGUGAUACCCUUCUAUUUAGAAGCUUACGCUUAAAAAUCGCGCAUCUCAAGACUACUAUUCCCUUUCUCCCUCUAUUUUACAACCUUUCCUGUCCAUUCCUUUACCAACGAGCUUAUAUUGUACUAUAUGUCAAUUCGAAUCAAAAAAAUACAAUGUAAAACACUCUGACUAUUAUAUACAUACAUGAAAAUUAUAAAUAUAAUUAUAUGUGAUAAGUCUGUCUUUGUCUACAGAACAAUAAAAUGCUACCACAAAGAAAUCUUAUUAA